UAUGACAUAAUGAAUAGGAUUAAGCUGACAACUGCUGUUGUUCUUUUACUUUACGUCGUCAACAUUGAGAGUCAAAGUGCAGGAAACUACGCCACUUUGAAGAACCUCGGUUGUUGGCGGGAUCACCGAUCAAAGAUCAUCAAGAGCCUCGAAGGAAGAUCUGAUAUUUUGAACGCACACUACAAGGCUCGCGGUGAUGCAAUACAGAAAUGCGCAAGGGCCGCUCUGUCUAAAGGAUAUCGCGUGUUUGUGAUACAAGACAGCGGAUGGUGCGGUGCAUCGUUCGACGCAAAACGGAAAUAUUUUAAACUCGGCAGAUCAACGGGAUGCGGAAAAGAUGGCGAGGGAGGUUUCAGAGCAAAUCAAGUGUACGAGAUCGUUUCAACAGUCAUAGAAAAUUCAGGCCGCACCAGCAGUUCCAGAAUUGUGCAGCCAGGGUACGUGUUCGGUGACAUCAAUCGACGACGAGGAACCGGUAUCAGCACGGUUAACCGGAGAGAGAAGGCAAUGACGUCAUCACACGAUUUCAUCUUGAAUGAUUUUGGUUGCUGGGCACUGCCACCCAGCGGAAUCGAUUCCAUGGAAGGAAAACACAUCGGUUCACUGGACGGGCACUACAGAUACAGAAUGAUGGCCGUACAAAAAUGCGCUAAAGCCGUGGCCAGCAUUGGUCUCCAGAUAUUUGCGCUUCAUGAUGGCGGGAAAUGUCUAUCUGUGACCGAUGUACAAGCAAUUGUUCGUCACAAUACCCGGCGGAAAGUCUGCAGUUACACCGGAAAAGGAAGUCGGUCGUCUAUUCAGGUCUAUGAGAUUAGAUAUUCAAAAACGAGGGAAGCUCCUUCUCCUCUCUCAACAAGCUCAACAACAACCACUACCCCACUGCCAACAUACACAAUCCCAUACAGGCGGGUCACCCGCACAUUCGUCGCCCCCACAAUUACAGAGUGGUACAGACCAACUAUAUCAACCAGGCGCACAAUCCUGCCAAUCCCAACACCUCGUCCUACAUCAAGAUAUAUCAGAUACACUACACCUCCGAGCCGGACUCUGGCUUGGGCAUCGAGGACUCGCACAAUAGCAGAGAAGACAAAAGAAUAUCUUCACAUGACCGACCUGGGAUGUUGGAUUUACGCCUGGAAUGACAGCAUUCCAACGUUAGAAGGGAGCUCAUCUGUGUUGGACGGACAUUAUAGCCAGAGAUCUAAUGCGGUGGAAAAGUGUGCGAAGGUUGCGAUGAGACAAGGGUACGACAUUUUUGCAAUCCAAGAUGGCGGAAGGUGUGUAUCGUCAAGAGAUGCACGGCGAAGGUUUGCAAAACUGGGACAAUCUGAACAUUGCAGGAGUGAUGGCAAAGGCGGAUCCUGGGUGAAUCAAGUUUAUGAAGCGGGAAUCGUUUGGGAGGUCAAAAUCAGUGGACUUGGGUGUUUUUCUUCAGUGAAUACGAUAUCGUCGCUAGAAGGCACUAUAGCAAUACUUGACGGGCCGUAUUAUCUCCGGAAAGAUUCGAUCAGAAAAUGCGCUCAAGUAGCUGCUAUGAGAGGCUUCCCAGCGUUUGCACUUCAAGAUGGUGGGAAAUGCAUGGGUAGCGAGAAGGCGCAUACUGUCUACUCAACAGGCGGUGUUUCAAACUCAUGUUCUAGGGAUGGAAAAGGUGGAUUUGCCGAGAAUGAAGUUUAUGAGAUUAUUUCUAACUCAAAGAUAAAACUUCGAAAUCUUGGAUGCUGGAAAGACGAGGCGCCGUGGGCGAUACCGGGGAUGGAACAAACAGAUGCAGAUUUGAUGGAUAAUUUCAAAUCAAGGAAAGACGCCAUAAGCAAAUGUGCAAGGGUAGCGAAGCGCAAUGGAUUCAAAGUGUUUGUGAUACAGAGCGGUGGAUGGUGCGGUGGGAGUCGUACGGCCAACACGAAUUAUUCAAAGUACGGCAAAUCGGAUCUUUGCAAAGCAGAUGGCCGAGGAGGACUUGGAGCAAAUCAAGUCUACGAGAUUGUAAAUUGAACUGCAAUGCACUGUAAUAUCUUGCAGUGAACUGACUUAAUAUAAAUCGAAGGUUUUUAGAUACGAAGUGAACUUAUGGACCGUUUUGUUCUUGUAGUUUUUGUUGUUGUAAAAAUUGCAUUUUCCAUAGCUAAUGAACCUAUCACCGGAGACAACAUGCGGAAAAAUUUGCUAGAAGACCUCUACUUUCAUUUCUUCACCCGAAAUUUGGCUUGUUUUGUGUAUAGUGCGCCACCAGGCUUCCGCCAGGCUAGUCCGCCAUUUUUUCAUCAAGCCCGGGGCUCGGAUCAGGACUAUCCAGUAUCGAUCGCUACACUUAUUGAAAGAACAACCAGCUAUUUGUUUCCAUAUAUUUGCCUAUAGCUCCUGUUUAGUUAAAUACUGAGUUCUUCAAAUCGUUCAAUCUCUAUUUCUUUUCUAUAAUUAUCUUUUAAAUAUAUAUUGAGCAAAUAUUUUUGAUUUUUUACAUGUGAAUAAAUUCAGCAUUUUAA